GGCAUCAUGUCUGUGGAGAGGGCCGUGCUAUUGUUUGAAGGCUUCCUGGAGAAAAGGAAAGAUACCAUGAAAUUGCGAUGGGUGACGUAUUGGUUCAGGCUUCAAAAUACCACCUUGUUCUUCUACACAGAGAGAAAUGGAAACGCUUCGCACUUGAGAGGCUGUUACUACAUUUUCAAAGUGCAGUCAGUGCGUGAAGUCCAUAAAGCUGACAACAAGCGCUUCGUGUUUGAGAUCACCAUGACGGAUGGAAAGAGGAAAGUGUUGGCAGCGGGAACCGCAGCCCUCAGAAAGCAGUGGGUGGGACUGCUGUGGGAGGCCAUGCAUCUUUCCACCUCUUCGCUUUCAGACUCCAGCAGCACGCGCCCGGACGCGCGCGAGCAGCGAGAGAGACAGACUAGCAGCAGCAGCUGUGGGUUCGUGAUGGGUUCGCUUCCCGCCCGGCCCCUCUCGGCCCCGCCGGCCCGCCUCCGGCCCCUGCAGGUCCCCGUGCGUCUGUCCGAGGGCCCCUGCCGCGAGGAGGGCCCCUACCGAAGCCCACUUCCACACCAGCACCCAGGGGGGGACAGUCUCAGUGCAGAGGACAGACAAGAAGGAGACUAUGACAUCUUACCACUGAGAAAAAAGGUUUGUGAGGUCCAAGCUCUGACGCAGAUGGAUGAGGGCGUGUACGACUUCCCUCUCUCCAUCAGGAGGGCUGAUGAACAUCCUGAGCCCACAGAGAGCAUCUACGAUGUACCGAGCACUCUAUUGAAGUACAGGCCCAACGGCACUUCAGAGGAGCAGCAGCGGGACGACGGGGCCUACUGGAGGAUAUGAGAUCCAGUCUGAGGACAUGAGCGAUGGAGGAGGGCACCACCGUCUCCCUCAUCACACAACGUACCUUUAAGGACCAGACACAGAGUACCGUGCUCUAUGCAACUCUGGGUUUUAUU